CAAUAACGUCGCAAAAGGUAUCGAUUACUAAUGGAACAGUCUCCUAGCGACACCUCUUCCUUUACGGCAAAUGGAACAUGGCGGAGGGAGAGAAAUCCUUAGACGGACUGGAGCUCAGCCAGGAAUGGCUGGAGGCUGCAGACUGCAGGGCGGAGCUGUUCCGCUACCUGAAGGAGCAGGUGCCCCAGAUCUUCUGCCUGAAGAAGGAGUUCAGCCCUCAGGAAGAAGAGGAGCUUGUGCAGAGCCGACUCCUCCACCCUCUGGAGUGCUUCCUCUUUGGAGAGGAUCCUCAGGAGGGUCUGGAGAAGCUCAAGCAGGGCAGCAGCUCCUCCCAGCUCUGUGGACGUGUCUUCAAAGAGGGAGAAACCGUCUACUCCUGCAGGGAUUGUGCGAUUGAUCCCACUUGUGUCCUGUGCAUGGACUGUUUCCAGGAUAGUGUGCACAAAAGCCAUCGUUACAAGAUGCACGCGUCAUCAGGCGGGGGCUUCUGUGAUUGUGGGGACGUAGAAGCCUGGAAGAUUGGCCCCUGUUGCUCCAAACACGACCCAGGGGCAGCCACAGCCAUGGUAACGGAUGAGUGUGUGUUGGAACCCGAGCUAUACGCGCGCGCUGAGAAGCUGUUCCGGAUCUUGCUGCACUACUUCACAGAUUUCUUGGUGUGGGAGGAGAACUUUGAACUGUCAGCUGAACUCCAGCCCCAGACAAAAGACAAUACAUACUACUGUGUACUGUACAAUGAUGAGCACCACUCCUACGACCACGUCAUCUACACCCUGCAGCGUUCCAUUAACUGUGAUCAGGCCGAAGCACAGACGCACACAGCACUUAUUGACAAGGAGGGUCGGCGGGCAGUAAAGAGAGGAACCCUUCGUUCCUGCCAGCAAGCAAAGGAUCUCAUCAAGUCCAACUCCAACCAUAUUUCCCAGAUUCCACUGCGGGUGGAGAUCCUUCACGCAUCAGUAAUGGCUCAUCAAACUUUUGUUCUGCGUCUCGGAACCUGGUUUCAAAAGAUCAUCGGUUACUCAGUGGGCUUCAGGCAGGCUUUCUGUCAGGUGGUACUAGAGCCCAAUGCAGACAGCGACAGGCCUUGCCUCAUCAGCAGACUCAUGCUGCACGAUGGCACGAUGUACAAAGGAGCUCGCAAGAUAGUACAUGAACUGAUUUUCUGUAGCAUGCUCAUGGAGACGGAGUUCAAGAGGCUUUUUGCAAUUGAGUUUACAAAGCACUAUAAGCAGCUGCAAAAGGACUUCAUAGUUGAUGACCAUGAGAGGAGUAUAUCCAUCACUGCUCUGUCUGUUCAGAUAUUCACUGUACCCACGUUGGCCAGACAGCUUAUCGAAGAGGGCAAUGUCAUAAAAGUGAUAGUUGGCACAGUCAUGGAAUUGCUGCGUGAACACCUGGACGACAACAAUCGCUUCUGCUUCCACGGCUACAACUCUGACAAGUUUGCACGCAUCCAGGUCAUCUUCCACGACCUCAGGUAUAUUCUGAUCAGUAAACCGUCAAUAUGGACCGAAGAGCUGCGGAGAGAGUUCAUGGAGGGAUUUAAAGUCUUUCUAGGGCUUCUCCAAUGCAUGCAGGGUAUGGAGGAGGUGAAGCGCCAGUUUGGGCAACACAUUGCGGUAGAGCCAGAGUGGGAGGCUGGCUUUUCUCUGCAGAUCCAGCUUCGCCACAUUCUGGCUAUGUUUCAGGACUGGUGUUCCUCUGAUGACGAGAUCUUGCUGCUUGCAUUCAAAGAGUGCCACAAAGUCCUGAUGCAGUGCAGUAACCAGCCCUUCAACAGGGAGCCCACUGACUACUACAUGUACAAGCACAUCCUCCAUGUUCGUCCGUACAAAGUGUCUCAGGAACCUGUCAGCAUACAUCUGCCCAUCUCCAGGCUACUGGCUGGUUUGUAUGUACUUCUGUGCAGAGCAGGGGCCAUUGAACGUCUGGAUAAUCCUGAGAGCUUUGACCACACUCAGCUGGCAGAGCAUCCUCUGCGCUGUGUGGUGUUGGCCGCUCAGGUCUCUGCUGAAAUGUGGCGGAGAAAUGGGCUCUCAUUGGUCAGCCAGGUCUACUACUAUCAGGACGUAAAAUGCAGGGACGAGAUGUACGAUAAGGACAUUCUCAUGCUUCAGAUAGCUGCUUCUAAAAUGGAUCCCAACCACUUCCUCAUGCUAAUCUUGUUGAGAUUUGAGCUCUUUGAGUACUUUAAUGGCAGUUGUUCAAGCAAAGACCAGGACGAACUGACACAGUGGAACCGCUUGACAGAAGAGAUGCUCUACCUCCUCAUCGUCAUCACUGGUGAGCGCUAUGUCCCCGGUAUCAGUCAGGUGACCAAAGAGGAUGUGACAAUGAGGGAGGUUAUCCACCUGCUGUGCAUUGAGCCCAUGGCUCAUAGUAGCCUCGUCAAGGGUUUGCCAGAGAAUGAGAGCCACGAAACAGGCCUGGAGACUGUAAUUGCCAAAGUUGCCACCUUCAAAAAACCAGGAGUUUCAGGGCAUGGAUUGUAUGGUGUAAAAAAAGAGCGUCUGGUAGAAUUCAACCCUUUCUUCUACCAUUAUUCAAGAUCACAGCAUAGCAAGGCAGAAGAGUCUCAGAAGAAGAGAAGGGCUCAGGAGGGCAACGAUAAAGCUCUGCGUCCUCCAAUACCUCCACCCUUCUGCCCACAUUUCUCCAGCAUAGUGCGUCUGCUCUGCUGUGACAUUAUCAUCCACGUCCUGAGACGUGUCCUGCAGAGAGCUGCAGAGGACCGCUCGACUCAUUGGACAGAAGCCAUGAUCCAGAGGGCCCUGCACUUGAUAGGUCAGGCAUUGCUUGAAGAGAAAACACAGCUUGAGGAUAGCAGUGUGGAGGAAGUGACCUUUGAUUUCAGCCUCAAGGCCCGCAGAAUAGGUUCCGAACAUGGCAAGUCAGUGUUCCUCUUGUUAUCCAAGAUUAAGGCUGUUCCUUCCCUCGAAGCCCAGAAAGACAUGGUCAAAUGGGUUCUACAGAUGUUUGAGAUUGUCAAGUGCCUUAGAGAGAACUCCAGUCCAACAGCCUCCAUGAGCGUGGAUAUAACCAAGCCAGAGGAGAGUGCUCAGGACAAAGAGAAAGCUGAACGCAAAAGAAAGGCAGAGGCAGCCAAACUCCACCGGCAGAAGAUCAUGGCCCAGAUGUCGGCAAUGCAGAAAAACUUCAUUGAGUCAAACAAGAUGCUGUACGAGAACGUGCCAGAAAGCGGCUCACAGGGAGAGGCUGUUACAUCUGCACAGAGCUGUGCCAUGGAGCACAAGGAGCUGUGUGUAGCCAUUGGGCCGCACCGAGGAUCCUCCCCGGCCGAGAGGGAGGUGCUCACCUGCAUUCUUUGCCAGGAAGAGCAGAAAGUUGUGGCCCAGGCUCCGGCCAUGGUGCUAACUGCAUGUGUCCAGAGGUCCACAGUGCUGACACAGUGCAGAGGAAAGAUACCGACCAUUAAAGCAGAUGGAACAGGAGCAUCAUAUCCUCUCUUCAUGCCUCCUGAACUGGCAGUUGGGACCCACACUGGCAGCUGUGGACAUGUCAUGCAUGCCACAUGUUGGCAGAAAUAUUUUGAGGCUGUUCAGAAUAUGACCAGGAACCGGCUCCACGCUGAGCUGAUCAUUGACCUGGAGAAUGGGGAGUACUUGUGUCCCCUGUGCAAGUCUCUGUGCAACACCGUUGUCCCCCUCAUCCCAUUUGAACCACUAACGUUUAACUAUGAAAACGCAGAGAUAAUUGGACAGCAUUUGACCCUGCCUCGCUGGGUUCAGAUCAUCUCUGCCAGGAUUAAAGGACUCAAGUCAAUCACUCAGGAUAACGAUUGCAACACAGAAGGCAGCAGUGUCGAUGUGGACACGGGGCUCUGUGGAGAGGGCCAACCAGACUUCAGGUCCAUUCUGAGCUAUGGCGUGCAAGAACCGAGGAAGUUCUCCGACAGCAUAAUGGAGAUGCUGGUUGUUUGCGCCACCACUGUCCACAGGGUGGGACUGCAGACAGCACCCAAUGAGCUGUGCCCACGUGUACCCCUCAUGACUUGGAACACAUGUGCCUUCACUAUUCAGGCCAUAGAGAACAUAUUGCAGGUAGAGGACAAGCCGCUCUUUGGGUCGUUACAAAACAGACAGCUUGCAGGUCUGAAGGCUAUUGUUCAGUUUGCAGCAGCUCAGAGACUUAAGAGCUCACAGGCUGUCAUUCAGAGGCACUUCACCGACAUGUUGGGGGUCUUGCUACCAGUCAUGGGCAGAAAAAACAGCCCCUCUAUUCUGGAGGUGGACUUCUUCCAUCUUCUGGUGGGGUUGGUGUUGUCAGUACCUGCACUAUAUCAGGAGGAGGCUGUAGACUUACAGCCAUCUGCUGUCAGCUCUGCCUACAACCACCUGCACAUCAUGCAUCUUGUCACCAUGGCCCACGUGCUGCAGGUCCUCCUUUCCUCUACAGAUUUCCCUGCAGUAGCUGGAGAGGAGACAGAGGAGGCGAAAGCAGCAGCAGAGCUGUACACGACAGUGUCACAACACACUGAAAGGCUGACUCCAGAUGUGUCCGGCAGCUCUGUGGCAGAAAGAGUGAAGAGAGGAAUCGAACCUUUCCUGCGCUGCGCUGCUCUCUUUUUCAAUUGCCUUACAGGAGUACCUCCUCCAGAGGAGCUUUUUAAUAUUGCUGUUACCUCUCAAGGACAGAUGGAGGCGCUCUGCAGCUAUUUGGCUGUACCCUCCAAUGUGUUCCAGCUCUUCCAGGAGCACAGAGACACUUUUACUCCACUGCUGCAGAGGUGGUGUGGGAGCCCAGCUGUUACCAAAGUCCUAAAAGGCAAAACCCAGACAGUCAGAUAUCCCAGAAGAAGGAAUCGUUUAAUUGAUCUUCCUGAGGAUUACAGUUCUCUCCUCAAUCAAGCCAGCCAUUUCCAGUGCCCCAAAUCUACGGAUGAUGACAGGAAGCAUCCGACCCUGUGCCUGUUUUGUGGGGCCAUGCUGUGCUCUCAGAGCUCCUGCUGUCUCAGCCAGCUGGAUGGGGAAGAUGUGGGAGCGUGCACCGCCCACGCUGCUACCUGUGGUGCUGGAGUAGGCAUGUUCCUCAGGAUAAGAGAGUGUGAAGUUGUCCUCAUGGCCAGUAAGACUCGAGGAAGCACAUACCCUGCUCCUUACCUGGACGAUUAUGGGGAGACUGAUCCUCACCUUGGAAGGGGCAAUCCAUUGCACCUUUGCCCAGAGCGCUACAGGAAGCUGAACCAGCUGUGGCAGCAGCACUGCAUCCUGGAAGAAAUCGCCCGCAGCCUAGAGGUGGUCAAUGUUAUGUUUGCCUUUGAGUGGCAGAUGUUGUGAUGAUUGCUCCAGCUGUGGUGGCCGGGAAGUAAAGAGCACAGCCAUAGAGCACAAUCUGCUCCGAUGCUCCUAAGGCACACACACUCACACUCACACACAUACGUAAACAAACAAACAGAAAUCACUCCUAUAAUCAAAGGAGGCCCGAGCAGCCGGUCCCUCCAUGAUGAAACCCCUGCUGGAGUCUAGAGAGGUGGGACAGUCAAAAGAGGAGGAACAGUGGAGGGGGAUGAGUAAUGAGCAAACCCAAGUCGCCUUGUUUUAAUUUGAUUGUCUGCUGUGAGAAUGAGUUUCUGCUAGAAUAUUAUUUGCAAAUAGGCUCAUUCAAAUAAAGACAAACAUCCGAUACACGCUAACAUCUUUCAGAUAUCAGUUUAUAUAUUUAAUUUCUCUCCUCAGUCAUGCCGUGAAUUUUCUGCAUUCUCUUUUGGUGUUACAAAUCAUGAUUUGUCAUAAGUUAUAAUGGUUGAAUUAUGCUGUUUAUGGAGGGUACAUGAAUUUGGAAAUGUUUAGGCAUGCUCAGAGAUCUCACAGGUUUUUGCUAAAUUAUGGAGCCACGUGCCACUGUCACCUUUACUCACAUAUAGGCGCAUAUGUAAGGGAUAAAACAUUUAUCGAAUCUACAUUAUUUUCAAAGUGGUAUUAAAACAAACUCAGCGUUCUGGGAGAACUAUA